AUGGAGAGCCUUUCCAAACCACGUCUGACGCCAAAACCUUUCAGUCUACAAAACACCUGCCUGAGGUCUUUCAGUGCCCCCAGAGCUCCUGCAGGCACCUCCUCUUCAUGUGACCGGGGCACCUCCUCCUCACGAGACCCGGACAGUACCAAUAUAGCUACACCUCCUGCAGCUAACCUGAGCACCUCCUCCUCACAUGACCUGGGCACCUCCUUACGUGACCAAGGUCCCUCCUCUUCACCUGACCCAGGCACCUCCUUACCGGACCAAGGUCCCUCCUCUUCACCUGACCCAGGCACCUCCUUACGAGACCAAGGUCCCUCCUCCUCACCUAACCCGGGCACCUCCUUACGUGACCAAGGUCCCUCCUCCUCACCUAACCCGGGCACCUCCUUACAUGACCAAGGUCCCUCCUCUUCACCUAACCCGGGAACCUCCUUACUUGACCAAGGUCCCAUCUCUUCACCUAACCCGGGCACCUCCUUACCUGACCAAGGCUCCUCCUCUUCACCUGACCCAGGCACCUCCUUACCUGACCAAGGUUGCAUCUCUUCACCUAACCCGGGCACCUCCUUAGGCGACCAAGGCUCCUCCUCUUCAUCUGACACGUACACAUCCUUGCAUGACCAAGGUUCCUCCUCUUCACUAGACCCGUACACCUCCUUAUGUGACCAAGGCUCCUCAUCUUCAUCUGACCCGGGCCCCUCCUCAGGUGACCCAAGCACCUACUCACCUGACCAAAGCACCUCCUCAUCAUGUUACCCAGACAUUGAUGUAUUUGACUCCACAAAUUCUCAAUUUAAGUUGAAACCAGCUCCUCCUGAAGUCCUGAAGGAGACAGAGGAAGUCAAACAAGAGGAGGAGUCAAUGGAACCUAGAGUAGGAGGACCACAGUCCGAGGAGAAGGAAGUGCAGGGUCCAAACACGUCACCACGCAGGCGCAGCAGGAGCCGACUCUCCGCUGAGCUCCUGUCCAUAUUUGAAAGUGGAGCUUCAAGCGUUCAGAUGAGAGAGGAGGAGGUGGCAGGUGCAGAGGAGGUGACCAAACAGAUGAAACGAACUGCAAGUGUUGAGAGACGAGCGGAGGUGGUGGCAGGAGCAGAGGAGGUGGCCAAACAGAUGAACGGAACUCUGAGUGUUGAGAGAAGAGAGGAGGAGGUGGCAGGAGCAGAGGAGGUGGCCAAUGAGAUGAACGGAACUUUGAGUGUUGAGAGAAGAGAGGAGGAGGUGGCAGGAGCAAGGGGGGUGACCAAACAGAUGAACGGAACUUUGAGUGUUGAGAGAAGAGAGGAGGAGGUGGAAGGAGCAGAGGAGAUGGCAGGAGGAGACAAGGUGUUCAAACAGAGGAACCAAGAUUUGAACAUUCAAAGGGAGGAGGUGGCAGGAGACGAUUGGUUCAAACAGAUGAAUGGAGCUUCAAACCUUCAGGGGAGAGAGGAGGGAGAGGCAGGAGGCCAAGAGAUGUUCAAACACAGGAACAAAGCUUUGACCAUUCAUAGAGAGGAGGAGGUAGGAGGAGGCGAUAAGGUGACCAAAGCGGAGGAGGUGUUCAAACAGAGGAACGGAAGACGGCGCACUGUACGGUUCGGAUUAGUCGAGACCGACGACGGAGAACCUCCCUUUAUGUUGGGAGAAACAAGUGACGAGGAGGAGGAGGACGAGGAGGAGGAGGAGGAACAGCGAAGCCACCAGGAGUUUGAACUGAGACGCAAGAUAGAGGAGAGAGAGGAUGUGAAGGAGGAGCAGGAGGCAAAAAAAGAGCAGAAGGAAGCAGAGAGAAUGAAGAACAAGCUGGAGGAGGAGCAGAGGAAGACAUAUGAGGAGCAGAAGAAAAUACAGGAGGAGCAGAGGAGGAGACAGGAGGAGCAGAGGGAGAUACAGGAAGAGCAGAAGAGGAGGCAGGAGGAGGAGAGGGAGAGACUUGAAUUUGAACUAAGACAUAAGAGAGAUGAGGUGCAGAACGAAGCAGAGAAAAUUAAGACACAACAGAAGAACAAGCUGGAGGAGGAGCAGAGGAGGAGGCAGGAGAAGCAGAGGGAGACAUUUGAGAUUGAACUGAGACAUAAGAAAGAGGAGGUGAAUGAGAUACGGGAGGAACAGAAAAGGAGGCAAAAGGAGCAGAGAAGGAGACAGGAGGUUGAACUGAGAGAUGAAGCAGAUGAUAAAGAAGAGGUGAACGAUGAGCAGGAGGAUAAGGAGAUCAGAGAGGAGGUGAAAGAGCAGAGCCUGCUGGAAGAUGAACCCAAGGCGAAGAUGAUGGAUGAGAUAGAUAUAGAACGAAGGAAGAGGCUGGAGGAGGUGGAGAGACGGAGGCAGGAGCAGGAACAGAGGAGGAGGCAGGAAGAGCAGAGGCAGAAACUUGAGGAGGAGCAGAGAAGGAGGCAGAAGGAGAUGCAGAUACAUGUGGUUUUUGACGAUUUCUCUGUGAGGAAGUCAACCACCGCUCCUUCGAAGGACAUCAACUUUGAAGGAGCGGGCGUUGAAGACUAUUCAGUCAAACCAAGACGAGGAGGUGCAAAACAGAAGAAAAGAGAGGGGGAGGAGCUGAGGAGGAGAGACGAGCAGGAGCAAAGGGGGAGAGAAGAGGAGGAGCGAAGGAGGAAGGAGGAGCAGAGGAGAAGAGUGGAGGAGGAGCAGAUAAGGAGAGAGGAGGCAGCGCAGAGGAGGAGAGAGGAGGAAGAGCAGAGGAGGAGAGAGGAGGAAGAGCAGAGAAUGAGAGAGGAGGAAGAGGAGAGGAGGAGAGAGGAGGAAGAGCAGAGGAGGAGAGAGGAGGAGCAGAAGAGGAGGGAAGAACAUGAAAACAAAACAAAAGAAGAAUACAGACAAAAAGUGGAGGAGCAGAGGACGAGAGACCUGGUGGAGAUCAAGGACUCUUACAGGAGUGAGGAGAAGCAGGAGUUGCAGCAGGAGUUGCAGCAGGAGUUAGAGCAGGAGUUGCAGCAGGAGUUAGAGCAGGAGUUGCAGCAGGAGUUACAUCAUGAGAAUGACACAAGAGGAGAAGCAGAGGAGGAGCUACAGGAGAAGGAGGGGCUACAGGAGAAGAAGCAGGAGGAGACAGUGAAGGAGGAGCCAGAGGAGGAGCCCACUGAGACUCACAGAGAUCCUCCAACAGAGAGGCCAGCAUUGUUCCCUGAGAUGUCGUCUCUUCUCGACUCCAAAGUUCAGAAGUUUAAAGUGGAUUUGGGCCGAAGGAGGACCAGGAUCAGGACACCUCCAUCUCUCCGUCUGAAGACCAGAGACCAGCAGGAGGAGGUUCAGCAGGACACACAGCAGGAGGAGGGGAUGCGACACAACAGAUCUGACUCGUCUCCUGUUUGGUUUCAAGCUCUGAAGAACAAAACACAUCAACAGCACCUCAUCCCACCUCCUCCAGCCUUCUCCACAUAA